UGUCACUGUCACCCGUACAGCUGCAGGCUCAAGGCUGCCGUAGGGGGACAAAUUAAAAACAACAAUUAAAAUUCAGCAAUAAAUAGGAAAGUAGGUAAUUUACUGAUAAUGUUCUGCAGUUUUCCGUAAUUCGCAUUUCAUGCUCGGCCAGUCGCGAGCUCGUGUGACUACGUGACGUAAAUCGCUUCUCGCUCGUUUAUUAAAAAAAUAAUAGUGUGUUGCAUCUGGUUAUCCCUCCUGAGCAAAUAAAAAAAGAAAAAUAUUAGUUAAUUCAAUUAUGUAAUUAACUAUGAUGUCUAAACUGCUAGAUAUGAAAGCUUGGAAGAAUAGUUCACACAUAUCAUAGAGAAGUCUGAGAGGAUAUUAUAGACAUAUUUUUAAUUUAUUUUAAUUAGACAAUAUUAAGUUAUGGCUUCCUAUAACUUAAGCUGGAUUAUACCCACUUUGAGGAAGCCUUCUAAUCUGUGGCGGCUUGCCAGCACUAUUACUGUGGUUGCAGUAGGAUUAUUUAGCAAAGUAUUAAUAAGAUGGCUGAACCGAUCAAAAAUACAUAAUAGGCACAUAAUUUCAAAUUUAAUAGAUGAUAGAAACUCAACCAGGCCUUUAGUUACCAUAUCCAAUCACCAUUCCUGUUUUGAUGAUCCAGGAAUUUGGGGAACCUUAAAGCUGCGCCACUUACUUCAACCCUCCAAAAUGCGAUGGUCUCUGGCUGCUCAUGACAUUUGUUUCACUAAUCCUCAACACUCUUACCUCUUUAGUCUUGGCAAGUGUGUGCCUGUAAUCAGGGGUGCCGGGGUGUUCCAAGGGGCCGUUGAUUUUAUGAUCGAGUUGCUCAGUAAAGGCGCUUGGGUUCAUAUUUUUCCAGAAGGGAAAGUAAACAUGACUAAAGAAUACAUUAGGCUAAAAUGGGGUGUCGGAAGGAUGAUUUUCGAAGCUCCGGUAACGCCCGUGGUUGUGCCAAUAUGGCAUAUAGGGAUGGAUGAUGUGUUACCAAAUGAACCUCCUUAUGUUUUAAGACUUAGAAAAAAUUUGACGUUUAACUACGGAGAGCCAAUAGACAUGACUGAUAUGGUAAAUUCCCUAAAAGCCGCCAACGCGACGGAUGAAGAAGCCCGAAAACAAAUAACCGACUUCCUACAAGAAAAACUACAAAAAUUAAAGAUCGAAACGGAAAAUUUACACUCCAAAUAUUUUAAGACAAAAUCGUGAUAUUGCACCCCUUAGGUUAGGUUAUGACUGUUUCUAUUUAGCGUAACGGGUGUUUUUGGCAAUACAAAAACAAAAUUAUAGAUGAAUCAAGUCCAACUAUAUGAAACUGAACUUAUCAGGUUUUUUACAUGGAACAAAAUGCAUAUAUUUUUAAUAUAAAGGAAAUAUACAUACAUUCAUAAGUCGCUUUAAUAAGAUUGGCUUCUUUUACUAUAAGCUAGUCAAAAAUUGCCAUUUGAUAGUAAUUUUAUUAGUAUUUCGUCUAUUAGACUUAAAGCUUUUUUAAAUGCCUACUAAUAUAUCUUUAAGGUCAAAGAUAUCAUAAAAAACAUCAUACUGAGACCAAACUUUAAGUCUGAUGAUAAUGAAAUACCCUGUAUAGCAAAAACAUGUCGUGUAUCGAGAGGUCGGCUGUAAGGUGUUCAUUUUUUAUUAGUUUUAAUUUUAUGCUCAUUAGAAUAAUAAUUACAACCAGAAAAUUAUUUAUUUUCACCCUAGAGGAUAUUUAAUCGUGAAGUAAAUGUUUCCUGAUUAUUAAAGUAUUUUAUUAUUUAUAAGGUUUUAAAAAAAUUUUGGAGACCAAAAAAAUUUUGGGUUAAAAAAAUUCUAUGGAGAUUUUACUACAUAAAGAGCAAACAUUUCAAUUAUCUCUUGACGUUUAAUUAAAGAACAUGAUUUUUAGGUAAUAAUAAUUUCUGAAAAUAUUAAUAUUUUUGUCGGCAAAUAUCAAUAUUUGCAGAAUAUAUAUACAAAACAAUUUAUCGACAGAUUAAGAAGCAUUUCCGAGAUCUUUCUGUCUACUAAAGCCAACCCGUAUGACCCAACCCAUAAUCUAUGAGAUGAACACACUUCUUUUACAAAUCAGACUGCCUUUGAUCAAGCUGUGACAGUUUAAAGUAUUUGUGUCUUGUCUAUUGGUUAUUUAAUCCUUUAUUUAUGAUUCCGCUAUCUGGUGAUAUUUAACUUUCUUACCUGAUACUGCUGAGCAUCCUUUUAAUAACUUUAUUGGAAUUUAAGUUCAGUGAUAUUCAUUCAUCUUUGCUUCACUCGCCUUUGUCAUUGAACAUAGUCGAUUUUAUUGUUGUUACUUUGCUGAAAUUGUUUUCCGAGUUCACUAGGAGGCAAAAAGCAUAUACAGAGAAACAUCGUGACUACAGGCCCUUAUUUGUUGUAACCCAAAGAAAUAUUUAGGUGCCUUAUACCAAAUAAUGAAUUUGUUAAUUAAAAAUGUGUUGGCGUUAGAUUUUGUGGGCGCGGAAAGUGACUCCAAAACACACAUUUUAGUUUAAAUUGAUUUAGAAUUUAGAUAAUAUUAAUUUAAAAUCUCUUCUUGUUCCUGAGACAUUGAAAAUAGAUAAAACAGUAGAUAGAUAUUUUUUCAGAAUUAAAUGGUUUCAUAUAAGGAAAAACAUCACAAUUUUAUUAUUUGUAUUUCCUAAAAGUUAUUAAAAAAUAUAAAAAUGAUGCAUUGUUUUUUUGGCUGAUUAUUUAAGAAACCAUUGGAUGUCAUAGCGAAUAUACAAAAACUAAUAAAAAGAACAGGUUUCAACUAGCAAUAUAAAUUGGAAGAAUAUGAAAAAUAAAAUAGAAUAAUUUAUAUUACAGUUUUAGGUAUUUUAUUAUUAUAGCUUAUUAAAAAAAAACAAAAGUUUUCUACUAAAGAGCGUAUUUUUCACAGGGUGCAUUCUGUGUAUUUAAAAAUUUUAAAUUGAUUUAUUUGAAUUUAAAUUUAUAAAAUGUUUGCUACUUUGUAAUGAAUUUCAUUUAGUAAUAUGCAUACCAACCAAAUUUGAAAUGGCAAUUGAUAUGUCAGUACACUUAAAUUGAUAUUAAAUCAUAAUAAUUAUUUUAUCAUAUAGGGAAGACUGGCCUAAAAUGACAUACCACUUUAUUUUUGCUUAUUAAUUUUUUAUUCUUUUAAUGUAAACAUACAAAAUCAUUAGUAAUUUAUAAUACUAAAGGUUUAUAUUAAGAGUAUAACCUAAUUUUUUUUAAAUAAAUGAAUAAUCCUGGCGAAAAAAAUAUAAAAACAAAUAUGUAAAUGUGUCAUUUUACCCGAGCAUACUUGGGUAAAAUGACAUAAGAAACUUACAUAGGUAUAUAAGGUCAUUACAAGUUAAAACUAACAAAGUUCACAUACAUAUUGUUUGCUUCUUUUAGAAAUACCAGCACACUCACAAUGUGCCCAUUUCGAGCACGAUUGACAUCUAACCCAUGUUUCCUUGGACUUGGACAUAGAGUACAAACUGUUACAAUAUAGGCAGGGUGGAUCAUCUUCGUCGUCUUCAUCUUGAAACGGCUCUUCAUUAUCAGAGUUUUCGUCCAUUGGGACAAAGUGUUCGGAUGCUACUAUGGCAGCCUUACGUGUUAUGCAGUUUUUACUUUCUUUGGCAACUUCUUUGAUUUGAAUAACUUAUUUUAAACUCUCAGGGCUUUCAACUAAAUGAGUUAAAUUUUUUUUGGUUCGUUUCACGGCUUUCCGAAAUUCAGCAGCUUGUUUUUCCGCUUCUCUAGCUUUAAGUUCCUCUAAUAUUGGGGUACUCGUGAGCACUUUGGUUCCUUCUGCCUUCCCCUUUUUUGGGUUUGCUUGUAUCCCGGAUGAACUUGGAAGAGGGGAAAUGUCUUGUGGGCGAAUAACUGAAAUAUUGUUUAUAUUCAAUGAAUGGUUAGCCUUUUGAUUGAAGGCUUUUGAUUUCUUGAAUAGGCAGCUGCGUUUUGACGCUUUUUUCAAAUAUUUUUUAAUUGACAUAAUACAUGACAUCUUGUCAAGUGCAAUUUUAGUGUUAAGUACUAAUAUUUGAGACAUUUACUGACCAUAUUUCUGAAAGACUACUAUAAUUCUGCAUUUCAGAAGUGGGUGUUCAGAAUAAGGUGCUAUUUAAAAAAAAAAUAAGGUAAAUGUCAAAAAUACUGGUUUGAAAAUUUGAAAUAGGCGUGUUAAAGAUUCAAAUAAUAAAAUACAAUAAAUAUUAUUUUUCCGUGAUUACUUGAUUAAAAAUUAAUACUUCGACGCAUUCAUGGCACCCUAUUUCAAAACUUAAAAAAAUUAUUUUUUCAAUGAGUAUAAAAGAAAAUGUAGCAAAUGCGGUAUCAUUAUUCUCAUAAUUUUAUUUUCAAUCACAAUACGUAAUAAUAUACCAAUUGUCUUAUUUAAAAUAAAAAAGUUAAUGUCACUUCCUGUUAAACCGGAAGUUUUGAAAAAUAAUGGAAUAUGUCAAAAGAUCUUAUAACUAUUAUUAUAUCGAUAUAACAAAUUUCAUUUCUUUAUCUUGAAAAGUAAAAAAGUUAUUUAGUGUUCCCUUUUUCCUGUGUCAUCCGGUAACCCGGUAUCUGUACUAAAAUCAAAAGUACAUAAAGAAAAUUGAAUAAUAAACAUGGUCGGUCACCAAGUAAUUCAAUUAUUUGGCUUAUCUAUUAAUUUACAGGUAUUAAAUUAUACAUUUCUUGACACUUGGUCACAGGUUGUCCAAAACCUUAUUUUUACAAUAUGAUGUGAAUAUUACUGAUUGUAUUUUUUGGCUUUAGUUGAAAUACUAGCUUCCCUAAAUAAAAAAUUUGAGGAAAAUGAUUAAGUUUAAUCAACAAGACAGUGUAAUGUGUAUAUAUAUUUUUGAUAGAAAGGUUGGAGAAUCAAGCAUACAUGUUGGAGAUUCUAAAUGAGCAACAUUAAGCAUUUUAUUAUUAAAUUAUUAAUUUUUUUAAAUGCUUGCGAAUCCUCGUAUUCCUAAAACUGGGAAAGUGCUGUUACAUGCUUGUUGUUUUAAGAUUGAUGCUAUUUCUUGCUAUGCUUGCUAUUUGUCUAUUUUAAUAUUUACAGGUUCUUCUGGAUAUAAAUAUUUAUCUGAAAUAAUAUCCAAGUACGUUACUUUUACUUGUUUUUUUUUGUUACAAAUGCAUUGGAUGUUUUGACAGUGAACUUUUUAGUCUCUAGAGGUAUUAACAUGUUUGCCCUUCAUAUAGGAAAAAAAACUCUGUAUUACUUUAAUAAUUCAGUUUCAAGUUGUCCAAUUCAUAUUGUGGGGCUGUUCCUGAAGUUGCCUUAUAGUAUAAUAAAGUUUUUUAAAAGUACCAAUUUCUUUUAAAGGCUUCCAGGUUUGUAUUAUUACCGUGUAAGUUUAAUCUUUAGCCAUAUGUUUUUUUUUGUAUUUUUUUAAAUUUUAAACCUACGUUUUUGUUACAUAUUGUUGAAUAAUUUUAAGGGUAUGGAAUUGUAUUUAUUUGAAACAGGGCUCUGUUUUGUUACAGUGUGACAUUGCAAGUUUAAAAACUUUGUUGUGAGCAAAAAUGUCAUUAUUAUUGAAGUAUUGAAUAAAGGAGGCUGUAAGAAGA